CGACUGUGCCGCCAGGGACCCCCCACCCCCCGAACUGCAUCGCCGCCGCCGCCACCCUCACUUGUGCGCGCCGCCGCCCUCACCUGACUGAAGACCUCUGUCCCCCCGCACUGCAUCGCCGCCACCGCCGGCGGCCCUUCCCACGCCGCCGUGGGCGACCUCCGCUCCAAGCUCCUUUGCGCGCCGGUCCGUCGAUCCAGACCGUCGCCGCCCUCUGCCACUUUUGGCUCGCAUCCGCGCCGCCGACGCCACCUUCUAGUGCGCGCCGCCGCCCUUGCCGGAAGCCGCUGCCGCCGACGCUAGGGCCCCGGGACCGCCGGCGGCCCUUCCCACGCCGCCGUGGGCGACCUCCGCUCCAAGCUCCUUUGCGCGCCGGUCCGUCGAUCCAGACCGUCGCCGCCCUCUGCCACUUUUGGCUCGCAUCCGCGCCGCCGACGCCACCUUCUAGUGCGCGCCGCCGCCCUUGCCGGAAGCCGCUGCCGCCGACGCUAGGGCCCCGGGACCCCACCGAGACCGCACUCCGGGACCGCCUCCUCGCUCCCCUGCGCGACUUCAAGCUCGGCCAGCCGGCCGACCACUGCAGAUCGAAUCCUUCCUCGCCCAAAUCGUCAUCCCGGCGCCGGUCUCCCUGACCCGAAGCCCCAUCGCGCCGCCGACGGUUUGAAGCUCCGGAUCCGCGCCCCCUGUUGCGGUGGUUGACCUCACGCAGUUGAGAUGGAGGGCGAUGGCUCCCGCAAUUUCUUCCCCAACUUUCGUUCCAAUCCGAGCUCCUUCGCCGCCGGCUUCGACCUUUUCUCCCAGGCGUCUGCGACCGGCCGCGUUCACGCUCCCCGGGCGGCAGCGGCGACGGGCCUUGGUGGUUUCGACCUCAACUCCGAGGAUGCUGCGGCGACGGAGUUCGCCCAUCUGGCGGAUUACUCCAACUUGCUCCGGUCCGACGACGUCGAAGAUGCAGCGGCCGCACAUGACUUUGUUCACCCUCCUCCUCGUGCCACUCGCACAGUGGGGGUACCUACUGUCCGCAACGGCGGCACCGGCAAUGUCGGUAGGCCUCCUGUUCGUGGGCGGCAGCUCAACUUUGUUGGCGCGGGGUCGAGAUCGGCCGGAGCUGGAGGAAGUGGCAGCCCCAUGCCCUUGCGGGGUACUGGCAGCAGAGGCAAUGCAGCAGCCAUGUCGGCCCCUGCACGUCAACGUGCGCGUGGCAGCGACCGCCGAAAUGUCAGGGGUCGUGGUGGUCGAGCUGCAUCCGCUGCCACUACCAAUCAUCGACAAGCACAGGCGGCCGCCUACGAGAACAUAGAAUCUGGAGAUGAAGAUGAAGACAUCAACGAGCACCUCGGUAAUUCUGGCGGUUCCAUGAUAGGAAGAACCAAGGCAAAUUGGUCUGACGAAAAUUGUGCUAAAUUCUUAAGAUUGUGCAUUGAGCAAUUACGUUUAGGGAAUUAUGUUGGUGGACAAAUGAAUGGGUCUGGGUACCAAGCUAUAAUCGAUGGCUAUUACUUGCAAACGGGACUUAAGCAUGAUAGGCAGCAGAUGAAGAAUGAAAUUACCCAGUUGAAAAGUUUGUAUUCAUUUUGGCGCGUGAUGCAAGCACACACUGGAUUAGGCCGCAUUCCAGAUGGCAGUGUUGAUGCUGAAUCAAAUUGGUGGAAGAAAAUACAAAGGGGAAACCAUGGUUGAAGAAACUAAAGUAUGGUCCUCCCCCAUAUUUGGAUGAGCUUGAAGAGAUGUUUCAUGGCAACACUGUGGAUGGGACUUCAGUGUAUAUUCCAGGCCAAGACUUUUAUGAGAUAGAAGAAAAUGAUGAAGACAAUGGGGGACAUGAUGCAGAUGAUGUUGGUGGCACCCCUAUGAGUACAAGUACCCACAGCUUGAAGAGACCCAGUUGUAGCACUACCAGCACAUGUACAAGUCCUAAUAAGAAAUCCAAGAGCCCAAUGGUUAGAAUCAUGAAACAGAUAGCUACUAAAUUCUCUUUGUCUAUGGAUGUCUACCAACAAGCCCUUGUUAUAUGAAGGCAACUACUCAACGGUUUUCUAAAGAUUUGUAGCUUUUGUUAUAUGAUAUUUAUAGAAGCAAUUGACUUGCUCAUAGAACGAGGGCCCAAACUGUGGUACCCACGUUGCCGGCCAGAUUUGGCCCUUUCAGAUGCUGCAAAAAGAGCUAAAAUCGGAUUCUGCAGACAA